AUGAAGCGCCAUCCCGCCUCGACUCCCUUCCACCAACCCUCAGAGGCGGGAAUGUGCAGGGACCGCGACUUGGCCACCUCCAUGCCUGCCCACACCAUCUCGAAAGCCACUGGCUCCCUACACGCAGACCUCAUCACCUGGAGGAGCGACCAGAUCCUUGAUCAUCGCGCCACGGCCCAAGCGGCGCAUCGCGCCGCGUCGAACCAUGACAGCUCCCGAGGCGCAUCCGGCCAGCAGGAGAGCAGCGAGCCAAGACUUGUUUCUUCAGGCGCCCUUGAGCGUCACCUAGUAUCAACGAUGAGCGGUGGCAGCGCGCAGGAGCAAGGGCAAGAGCAACAGGACAUGGCAGUAGGUCGACCAUCGCUGCUAUCUCUGCCACCAGAGCUGCUACAUCACACCUUCUCUCUGUUACUACCCGACCCACCUACCUCUAUCCACCCAGCUCCAGAGAUGACAGCAGUGUCUCCCGUCCGGCGAGUCCUGUCGUUUGGCGCACCGUCAGCCAACCGACCUUUCUUGGCCCUGUCACUGGUCUGCAAGUCGCUAAAUGAGAUCGUCACUCCUUUUAUCUACGCAACUGCCUCGCUGGACCGCGUGCGGCAAGCUCGACUUCUUGCUCGAACCAUGCUGACCUCGCCGAGAGCUCAAGAGCUGUCAUUCCUCAUCAAGCAUCUCAACAUUCCCAGCGAUGGCAUUCUUACGGCGACUGAUAGUCUGGCAGAUCAACAAGCCUGGCCCUCCAGCCUGGACAUCAUUUUCCGGUGUACGCGCGACCUGCAGAGCUUGUGGCUAGGUAUGCGGCCCACCAACACUGCGUUUGAACAGCUCUCAAAAUCCUCAGGUGUCGCGAUCGAGCCCAAGCGCGUGAGCCUCAACAGCUUUAGGUGGGUAGCAUUUCCCGCUCUCUUCUUCAGUCACGAGCCACCUGACUCUGGCUCUCUACACGCAGCUACCUUGCCAAUGAACCGGCGACCCGUUCCUUAGCAGCGUUGAGGGAAGUAACGCAUCUACAUUUGAUCAAGAUGCACUUCGACCCUGCCCUCGUCCAGCUUCCAGUCGGAACCUUUGAAGAAGCGACAGACGGGCACGUUCCUCGAGCGAGGGACCAUACGCUUGCACUUGCCGAUAGCGCCCCCCCUUUGGCUGUGAGGCCAUCCAAUUUGGCCCAAUUGCGCCUCUCCCAGGUCCCUGCGGAUGGUCUGUGCAAUUUUGCCGUCAGAUGCGCGAAUCUGUACUUGCCGGAGGAGUCGCGACGAAGAUUGCGGGUGUCCAAACGGGUCAACGAUUUUCAAGAAAGCCUGGUGCAGUUGGCGAGGUGUAGCGCCAAGAUGCCGUCAUUUGGAAGGUUGCUCAUUGAACUUGGUGAGCUUGGAGCGCUAGAUGAGCCAAUUUGGGCUCAACGAGAGAUGCGGCAUAGCCAAGGUUGGGAAACAAGCUCAAGAUCUAGCAGCCCGGCGACUCGCGGGUUGACACAGCCGCACAUUGUGAGUCUCGCUUCGGAGUCGGAUGUGCGGCUGCAUGCUGAGCACAGGCUCUGCAAAUGCUCUACACAGGAACAAAUGUCGGAUACCGACCCUGGCGUGCUCGCGUCUUUGGACCUACCAGCCAACAUUGCCCUCACUGAUGCAGAGGUAGCUGCUCAACAGCAGCAACAGACGGAGGAAGAUGCAGAGCUGGAGAGAGACCGCACGGCUUACCGAGACACCUACUGGAUGGACGUGAGGGAAGGCAAGGAAGCGCUCGUCGAGCUGUUUCGACAGCAGAGAUCCAGCGUUCGAGAUGCGUCAGGUAGCGUCUUGCCAGACUUGGAGGUCAGAAUUGUUGCACCGCGUCCGGGAGGAUGGGAUCGCCACGAAGCUCGCAAUGAAUUCUUGGCAUCCGCUGCAGCUUGCCAUCCUCGGACUCAUGCGCCAUCGCAUCGCUCAAGCGGUUCCGACCCGAUCGAGCCGAGCUCCGCCGCCUCAUCAAGCGCCGCAGACGACGACCAGACGUGCUUCUCGGAUCCAGACGUCUUUCAUCUCGCAGAGGUCCGCCCCUGGCUUGGCUAUGCUGCCACUACCGCUUGUCGAAGGAGCAGCAUGACUCAAUUCAGGAACCUAUCCACAUCUACCGAUAUGAGGAGAGAAGGAUCUGCUAAUUCCCAUUAUCCCUUGGCAACUCAGCGAAGGUGGUGGACCGGGGAGUUGCCCCGCAUGAAUUCGGCCGAACCUCAAGCGCCGCCUGUAGAUGGGACACCAGUCAUUUGA